GAGGGGGGGGGCCCUGGAGGGGUGGCGAGAAAGCCAAUUCCAGACCAAAACUCCACCAGCUCUUCUUCAACAAUGGAGAUGGUGGAAGGUCGGAAGCCCGAUGACAGCAAGAAAGAGAGAGACAGAGAGAGAUGGACGAACCUGAGCAGUAACCGCAAUACAGGAUCGGAACAGUUGAUGACAGACACGCGCACGGGGGCGCGUCUGCAACUCUCUUCUUUUUUUUUUUUUUUUUUCUCUCUCGGGCUGGGGAAAAUAGAAAAUGAGAAAAGCGGCCGCUGUGACGAUAACAAUUAAAUGCGGAAUAAGCAACGAUCCCGGCUCGAUUCCCAAUCCGGAAGCGACAGACGGACGAACGGCCUCAGGCUGCCACAGGCUGUCAGGCUACUAGUAAAAACGCGGUACGGAG